UGAUGUGGACCAUUGUAGUGACCUCAUUGGGCGUGGUUUACACAAUACUACAAUUUAUUAUCCCGUCCACGUCCACGGAUUUAGCCCAUGGCGCGGCGGCCGUGGCCGCGCCAGAUGCAGAUCGUAUCCGACUAGUUUUCCGCCUCGCGUCUCGUAUAAAUCGCGAGCAAACCCUACCGUCUAUCGAAGCGGCGCAGCCACGCAUCGCGCAUCAAUUUCUCGAUCAUCCCAUAUAUAUAUAACAUUGAGAGAGAGAAGAAAGAAACGCCGGCUAAACCUAUAGUCCCCGGCAUAGCAUUGUCGAUCAGAAUAAAUGGCGUCGGAGAAGAAGGUGGUCUUCCUCCGCAGCUCGGACGGCGAGGCCUUCGAGGUGUCGGAGGAGGUCAUCAGCGCCGCCUCGGUGACGAUCAAGGGCAUGAUCGACGAGGAGUCGCCGUCCCGCGCGGACACCGCCGCCACCACCACGCUCGCGAUCCCGAACGUCACCGCCGCCACGCUCUCCCGCGUUCUCCACUACGUCAAUAAGCACUUCGACGCCGCCGCCGUCGUCGGCCGGCCCGACGACUACAUCUUCUGCGCACCCGGCGACGAGCACCCCCUCGCCCGCUUCGAUGACGACUUCGUCGACGUCGACAACGACACCCUUAUCGACCUGGUACAUGCGGCCGAGUACCUCCACAUCAAGAAGCUGUUCGACCUGACGUGCAAGGCGGUGGCGGAUAAGUUGAAGGGAAGGACAAUCGACCAGAUCCGCGAGACGUUUGGCAUCGUCAACGACUACACUGUGGAAGAGGAGGUGGAGGUUUACAGGGAGAACUCGUGGGCAUUCUAGUCAACCAACUAGAUAUAGUAAUUUUUUAUGCAAAAUUCAGUGCAAUGAUUAAUUAGUACUAAGUUCCAAGUCGAUCGAUUAACUUC